CUCGUUAAGGUCGCGCAAGACGAUGUCGGGAUUCCGAAAUUUUAUUCGAAAUCAAAGAUGCCGAUUCUUCCAGUAGCUUUCCGAGGGUAUGCAGGUGUAACCUGAUUUCAGAACAUGCUAGCGGCUUCAGUUGCGCAACGGUGUAUCAAUGACUGCAAGAUGUCAACGGCUGAUCACGCCCUAUGAGUCAUUCUCAAAGAGUCGAGCUCCCUUCAAAAUUGAGUCCAGGCCCGCGAUUACAAAGUGAGGGACGUAGAGAGUGCAACAGAGCUCUACAAAUCGCAAGCACUCCAAGACGUCAUGGCUUCCACUUACCUCGACUUUGUCACUGUAGAUGUUUUCACCAGCAAAAGAUAUGAAGGCAAUCCUCUUGCGAUCGUCAAGGUUCCGAAAGCCUGCCAGUUGAGCCAAGGCGAGAAGCAGGCCAUUGCUCGAGAAUUCAACUUGUCAGAGACGACGUUUCUGCAUGAAGCAGUUAGCGAGGAGGAUGGUUGGACGGUAGACAUAUUCAUCACGACCGGUGAACUUCCCUUUGCAGGACACCCUACCAUCGGAACUGGGUUCCAUGUCUUCCUUUCAGAGAUUGCAAGAGGCAGAGGGACUGUAGGUAGAAAGAUUGAGGCUAAACUCAAGGUAAAGGCCGGACUGAUCGGACUCGAAUACGACAUCGCAACAAAAGUUGUUCGAGCAGCAAUUCCCCAUGACGUCCACAUUCACCAUGUGGUUUGGCCUUGUGAGGAAUUGAAAAAAAUGCAGCCGAAACUGGCAGAAGCUAGGAACGGAAAACAUCCAGUUCUCAAGGACCAUUAUCCCAUAGUCUCAGUAGUGAAAGGAUUGACCUUCAUUCUCAUUGAGCUCGAGGAUGAAGAGAUGCUCGGGCAGAUCCAAACGACUGCGCAGGGUCCGUGGGUCGAUGGGCUUGAUGAGGGCUGGAACGACGUGUCUUUCGUGGGAUCGUACUUCUAUGUCCGUCUUGGAGAAAAGGGAGACGGGACCAGUAUUCUGAGGACUAGAAUGAUCGAAGGCACCGUCGAGGAUCCAGCCACCGGAAGCGCAGCAAGCGACUUAGCAGCCUACCUUUCUCUCACGGAAGGGAGACCAGGGGAGACUCUUAGAUAUGCCAUAACGCAGGGUGUUGAAAUGGGCCGUCGGAGUGAGAUCGACAUUGAGGUUGUUUUGGCGGAGGAUUCGGGAAUUGCCAAUGUCUACCUUGAGGGAACUGCAGUCCAGGUCAUGGAGGGUCGGUUGGCUGUCUGAAUGUGGGGUACGGAGGGGAGAAUGAGUUGAGGAAGGGGCACAGCACCCUGGACAAACCGGAACAGCGAGGGGAGCGGCUGCGUCGUUUAAUUGGUUUUUCGCGCCUCCAACAGUCGCAGUGCCGCCACGGGAUGGCUGCUCUGGUCAAUCUGCCAGAAUACGUGGAGACUCUUGAGCUAAAACGAAGGUUGUCUCCGUACGAUCUCCAAGUUCCAGCCAAUCCAGACAGUGGGAUUUGCGAGUCGUUAGAAGUCGCUGGCGCCAAUGCGAGCCUUUUUGAUGUAAUCGUCAACGAUCAUUGU